GAGAGAGCAGAAGCCCUCUCCCCCUAUCAAUCAAAGCCCAUGGUUUCUCGCCCUCUCUUCUAUACCUUCUCCUUCCUCUCCUUUUCCUGUCUCUGCAGCUGCAAACAACUCCAGGAAAUGGCCAGCCAGUUCAAUCUCGAAUCAGUGAGAGAGUUCUUGACUAGGGAGGAAGACAGCAUCGUGUUCAGCCUCAUCGAGAGGGCCAAAUACCCCUCAAACCUUCCGGCUUAUGAUCCUUCUUACUCGACCGGAGGAGCCCUCCGUAACUAUUCCCUGCUCGACCUCUUCGCCAGGGAAACAGAGGCAGUGCAGGCCAGGGCUGGAAGAUAUCGAAACCCAGAGGAGAUUCCCUUCUUCCCAAAGGUUCUGGUCCUGCCAUUAGUCCCUGCAGUGCACUCACAGGUGUUGCACCCUGCUUCUGCAUCUGUGAAUGCUAGCAACGCCAUCUGGAAGAUGUAUUUUAAUCGACUUCCACAAUUCACUGCAAAAGGAGAUGAUGGCAGAUACGCACUAACAGCAGCUGCAGAUCUCGUGUGCCUGCAGGCACUUUCAAGAAGGAUCAACUAUGGACGAUUUGUGGCAGAAGCCAAGUUCAGAGAUGCCCCUAAAGACUACACUAGCGCUAUCAGAGCUGAAGUAGAUCUCAGCGACUCUCCAUUUUUCUCCUUUCCCUCUUACUUUUUGAUGUUUUUGCAGGAUAGGGAUGCUUUGAUGAGAUUGCUUACAUCCGCGGCUCAAGAAGAAACAGUGAAGAGCAGAGUGAAGAAGAAGGCCAAAGUGUUUGGGCAAGAUGUGACUGUAAAUAACAUUAGCAAAAACGAGAGCAGUCGUCCCAAAUACAAAGUUGACCCUGAUGUAGUCGUUCAUCUUUAUGGGGAUUGGGUCAUCCCUUUGACCAAGCUUGUGGAAGUGGAGUACCUUCUCCAUCGCCUUGAUUGAUGAUGAUUUGGUGAUGCAAUGGUGCAAUAAGUCUGAUCUCAUUCUUUGGGCUAGCUUAUUUCCAUAUAACAGUUCCUUUAAUAAAUAAUAACCAAGAUGAAACAUUUAGCUGCUCUUGUAUGUUAAGUAUCUUAGUGAGGAGAAAAAAAAAUUUGGGCAGUGUAUUGAUUC